CGUCGCCUCAGAGGAGAGCGCGCGCGUGAACUCACGGGCAUUUUUUGUUGUUGUUGUCGUUUGCGAGCGCGAGCACAAGAAAGCCGCUGAUGUGGCGCGAGCGGCGCUCGAGACCCUCCGUGAUUUCUGAGAGCCAGCAAAAUGGGCAAAGGUUGCAUCACGGCCACCAAGUACUUUCUGUUUCUCUUCAACCUCCUGUUCUUUAUCUUUGGAGCCCUGAUUAUGGGCUUUGGACUCUGGAUCCUCCUGGACAGUCAGAGCUUCAUUGCAGUCUUGCAGGACUCAUCUAUAGAACUGAAGGUGGGCUCCUAUAUUGUGAUCACUGUCGGUGCUUUCACCAUGCUGAUGGGAUUCCUGGGCUGUCUGGGAGCGAUCUACGAGAUCCGCUGUCUGCUUGGACUGUACUUCACUCUCCUGCUGCUGCUCCUCAUCGCUCAGGUGACUGCCGCCAUCCUCAUCUUUCUGCAGCGUGAUGUGCUGAGGACCACGGCGUCCAAAAUUGUGACCAAACUUGUGGAGAACUACCAGGGACAGAACAAGAGUGCAGAGCAGGCCUGGGACUACGUUCAGAGGAGUAUGCACUGCUGUGGCUGGACAGGCCCCAGUGACUGGCAGAAGAACCCCGUGAUCACGAACAGCUCUCAGACGUUGUACCCCUGCUCCUGUCAUAACACCUCCGUCGUGGGAGAGAACAACACCGACGGCAAUUUCUGCAUGGGUCCGUCGUCGUCUUUUUCUGAUUGGCCCACUUAUGACACGGGUUGUGCGCACAGUGUGGAGAGCUGGCUCUUCACCAACUACGGAGUCAUUCUAGGAAUCUGCCUUGGGGUGGCUGUUAUCGAGCUGCUCGCCAUGAUCCUGUCCAUGGGCCUGUGUAAGAGCGUACACCAAGAAGAGUACACCAAAGUGCCGAAGUAUUGAAGAAACACACACACUAAAAUAUAUUGAGCUUCUCUACAAAGUAUUUUUUUUUUUUAAACAAAGAAUCUUGCCCAAAAAAACUUAAAGAAAGCUUUAUAAACGGUGUGAAGUCGUUAUCCUGUGGAAAACCCGGCGCAGUGUCACAUGACCUGCUUUCUUCAUCUCUCCACGUUCUCCUCCCGUCAGAUCAAACCUGCACCUUUCCCUUUGUGAAGGAAUGAAAAGCGUCGGAGCGUUUCUCUCCGCGCUCCCCUUCACACACACUCGCGCCUCACGACGUCGAUUGCAUGACGCUUCUUCUCUUCCUUUUUUCAUUUGUACACCGUUUAUUUGUUUGUAUAUAAUUUAGUGAUGCUUUAAUGAGCACAUUUCGUGGAUCUGAUGGACUGUCACUCCUAAAAAUCUUUUCUCCAGUUAUAGUUGGGGCUUUUUUUUUUUUGUCUCUCUUAUGUACAGAUUGCAUAUUUUUUACAUUUUUUGUUUUUUGGGGGGCUUUUUUUUUUUUUUAAACAGGGUGCAAACCUGAUUCUGGUGAUAUCUAUUUUUUCUUUUAUUAUUAUUUUUAAUCGCCUUAUUUUUUAAUCUGAAUGCUUUCAUGUCGCUCACUUGUGACUCCUUUUGGUGUUUUAUGAAAGAUGUUUUGAAAAUUAAUCUCUUUAAUUGUAACCCGUAAACUAGGACAUUGAUAUAUAUAUUAUAUGCAGUUAGUUUUGAGGGAAAGAAAAAAUAUAAGCAAACUUUAUAUGGAAAAAAAAAAAAAAAACCUCUGAUGAACCUUAUGGUGAAGUCUUAUUGUUUUAGAGUUCCUUUUUCUAGAUUUUUUUUUUUUGUAUAUUUGAAGAAGGAAAAUGAACCGGAAACAGUCAGAACAACUCAUGUUUGGUUUGUAUUGAAGCUGAAAUAGUCCUGAGAAUUAAAUCAUAAGUUGUUGGGGUUAUUAUUUUUUUUUUAGUGGUACAAGGAGGAAACUCAUCUUUUUAUAAACCUGGAGUGCAUUUUUGACCGAGUGUGACUUAAACAAGUCGUACGUGUGUUUAAAAAAAAAAAAAAUCUGUUACAAUAAAGUGAACUCACCCAG